GACGGUAGUUGUACUUUACAACAACAUGUAAAUCAUCAUCAUCACCAGUGCGAUGCAGCACCGGACUUGUGGUUGAGAUCAUGAUCAGCCGAUCCCCUGAAAUAGCUCUGCAAAUCCGUACACAGCAGUUAUUGAUGACCGAGAACGAGAUGGAGCACUCUCCCUUCACUCACCAUUCCUCUCAGAUGCCUGCCCCAGAAGCCAUUCCGCACAACGACAACGGCAUGAAAACGCUGGGACACGUUAAUUUAAUGGUCGAUACCCUCAUAGCUAACGCAACUAUGGACGACUUGCGUGCCAUAAUUAGGAGUCUCAUUGCCACCGGCUCCCCCAGUCUUGCAACUGCUUUCACGACGGCGGCACGAACACGUCUCCGACAAACCAAUGCAAAACGUAUAGCAAACGCCCAUGGUUUGUUCGCCACAGACUCCAAUGGCCUUGAGGCUGUCCACACGCCUGAGCUCGAUAAAGUUCUUGCAAGCGCACGCUCUCUGUACGGGGCUGGAAUGGGCUUCGCGAGUCUGGGGGUCCUCGCGUCUGUCGUCAGAGCCACAGUCGGCCUACGAUGGGAACAAGAAGGGUCCAUGUCAAAUAUACUCGCCGUUAUUGAUGCUGAUAUCAGUCAAGCGCUCCAGAGCUGUAAAGAAGAAGUCGAAGGUGGACGCGCGAACGAUCUCACAGGUGCCAGGGAUGCCGUGAAUGACCUAUGGUCCGCGGUGGAGGAAAGUUCUAGAGACGUUGAAACGUGGGGUGGAGAAUUUCCAUUUGAUAGGGCAGCGAACAGCAUGGAACUUUGGAAAUUUUGAGUGGCGAUAAUUUACGAAGUUUCCCAAUAUGAUGAUAGUCUUGUCCCUUCACAAAAGAUUGCAAAGAUUGUAGCGAACUAGGGUUGCAGGUGAUCACUUAGGACACCGUUCAUUAAAUCCAAAUACUGGGAGAGUUUGCAA